UCUUAAACCAUUCCUCUCCCUCUCCCUCUCUUUCCCUCUCUCUCUCUCUCUCUGAUAUGGAAUUGGCUCUGAGUUUAGGAGACACCCCAAAGUCAUUCUCGUUUCUUGACAAAAGUGCUAUAAACAGGGUUAAAAAUGAUGUAGGAUUUUGCAUGGGCUUAGGAGGACCUUUGGCCAAGGAUAUUGGAAGUGAUCAGAUCAGAUCAUUUGGUGAUCAAGAAAAUACAAGAGGCUCGUCAGAUAAACCGGUGGUCCAGCUUGAUCUUCUGCCUCUCUGUCCGGUUCCACGCAAUCAACCAGUACCCUUAGAGCUCCGGCUCCCAUGGCUGCUUACUCACAACUUAUCCUCCGAACCCGGUUCAUCAAGGGCACAAGGAAGAGGGGCAGAAGUACUGAACCGGGCGUCAUUGGCAGCAGAGAAGAGAUCAGAGGAUGGAGGAGCGUCGCUAUCAUCCCCUAGCACCACCAUUUCAUCAUUUCAGAAUCCAUUGGACUUGUCAGUAAAUAGAAGAAGGAAAAGGGACUCGGCGGAGACAAUCAGCAUUUGCACUGAUAACGAGCGUGAUACAGAGAGGAGAGGAGGAGAUGGAAGUUCUUCAAGAGGAAGUGAUCAUGAAGGAGAAGAAGAAGAAGAGAAUGGGUUCAUGACUCGGAAGAAACUCAGGCUCUCCAAAGAACAGUCAGCUUUUCUUGAAGACAGAUUCAGAGAACAUAAUACCCUCAACCCUAAGCAAAAGCUAGAUCUGGCUAAGCAAUUGAAUCUUCGAUCUCGCCAAGUAGAAGUAUGGUUUCAGAAUAGAAGAGCAAGGACAAAGUUGAAGCAGACGGAGGUAGAUUGUGAGUACUUGAAGAGAUGCUACGAGACACUGACAGAAGAGAACAGGAGGUUACAGAAGGAGGUUCAUGAGUUGAAGGUUUUGAACACUUCUCAACCUUUCUACAAUCAGUUGCUUCCCGCCACCACUCUCACUGUGUGCUUUUCGUGCGAGCGUGUGGCAUCCAGUACUGCUGCCGCCGCCGCCACUGCAGUGAUUGACACCGCAAGGACUAGGCACUAACACCACGGCCGCAGUGCUACAACCACCACCUACUAACAAUACACCACUCUCUUUGUAAACCUACACCUUCCAUAUCCCUCGAACAUAUCGGAAGCCGAUGUGAUCCAGCAGGCUGCUUUGUGAGAUUAGGACAAUUUAGCAAGAUGUUCUUGUUUUUUUGCAUCUGUAUAAAUGUAGUCUUGGCUUUGGCUAUAGCAGUGGCUUGAACAUUGUGUUUUCUUUCCCUAUGUUUGCCUAUUUUUGUAAUUGUGAGAGUUUCUUUCCAGGCAUGUUUUCGAGGCAGAGCGAGUGCUUGACUAAUAAAUCUAUAAGAGUAAGAUCGUUGGAGAA